AUGUUUCCCCGGCUCACUGGAGUUACUGUGUAUCCAGUUACCGCUGCUGCUUGUUUCUCUAAUACACGUAACCUGAAAACUGAAUCAUCCGGAGCACGGGCUUCAGCUAUGACAAAGGUAGAUAGGAGUAGCCAUCAUCUCUCUCGCGAGGCUGAAGGUCAGGCUCUGACAUAUGGUUGUAACUACUGCCAAUCAAUCAACAAUAGUUCCUCCGCCUCCUCAGUCUCAUUCACACAUUCUAUUCUGCCACAACCGACGAAUACUGCUACAACAAACACGGUGACAAACACUACCAACGAAAGUCCCGCUCCUGCGCCAGUUCUUCAAACGACAACAAUGGAUGUUAAAUGCCAGCCCCCGUCAGCUGACACAGAAAAUGUGGGGGCUCUUGCGCUGGCCACCGAAACUACGUUUGAGAAUCAUGGCGGACAAACGGACUUGUCCUGUACUGCUGACCCAGGAACUAUCGGAGUCUCAACUUCAAAAGGGAUUAUCAUGAACCCCAGAAAGCCUAUUUUGGCAACUGCA